GUCGGAAUAAUUACUGAGCAAUGCUAACUCUUCCAUCCAGCCAUCUCGACCGUCCCUGUGCCCGCCAUGGCCGAAUCCAUCACCGAGGGAACCCUGAAGCAAUGGGUCAAGCAGGUCGGUGACUUUGUUGAGCAGGAUGAGGAAGUUGCUUCCAUUGAGACCGAUAAGAUCGAUGUUGCUGUCAACGCUCCCGCUGCUGGUGUCAUCACCGAGCUCCUCGCCGCCGAGGAAGACACCGUCACCGUCGGCCAGGAUCUGUUCAAGCUCGACACCGACGCCUCCGCUGGUGCUUCGGCUCCCAAGGCCGAGGCCGCCGCUCCCACUCCCGCUCCCGCGGCGCCCAAGGCUGAGGCCCCCAAGCCUGCUGCUGCCCCUGCUCCUGCUGCGCCCAAGCCCAAGCCCGCUGCUGCUGAGCCCGCGCCUGCUGCUCCGAGCGCGUUCGGAUCGCGCGAGGAGCGCAGAGUGAAGAUGAACCGUAUGCGUCUGCGCAUUGCGGAGCGCCUAAAGCAGUCGCAGAACACUGCUGCCUCGCUCACUACCUUCAACGAGGUCGACAUGACCAACCUGAUGGAGUUCCGCAAGUUGUACAAGGACGAGAUCCUUAAGAAGACCGGCGUCAAGAUCGGCUUCAUGUCGUUCUUCUCCAAGGCUGUCUGCAUUGCUGCCAAGGAGAUCCCUGCCGUCAACGGUGCGAUUGAGGGACCCAACGGCGGCGACACGAUCGUCUACCGCGACUACGUCGACAUCUCUGUUGCUGUUGCUACCCCCAAGGGCCUUGUUACCCCUAUUGUGCGCAACGCCGAGACGAUGUCGCUGCUCGAGAUCGAGAGCGCGAUCGCGGGAUUGGGAGCCAAGGCCCGCGACGGCAAGCUCACGAUCGAGGAUAUGGCCGGCGGCACAUUCACGAUCUCGAACGGCGGCGUGUUUGGCUCGCUGAUGGGAACCCCCAUCAUCAACCUGCCGCAGACCGCCGUGCUCGGUCUGCACGGCACCAAGCAGCGCGCGGUGGUUGUCGACGGCAAGGUCGAGGCCCGACCGAUGAUGUACCUCGCGUUGACUUACGAUCACCGACUUUUGGACGGCCGGGAGGCGGUUACCUUCCUCAAGCUUGUUAAGGAGUACAUCGAGGACCCGCGGAAAAUGCUUCUGUAAAUGGUUUAGAUCUGUAGGUCAAGUUGUAUGAACCUGAAAGUGAAGUCGAAGAAGAUUUAUAAACAUGGGUGAAUAUCGUCAAAAAGAAAGAACAAACACAAACCUCUAGAUUUUAACAUCACCAUAUCUCUAUUUUUUUCUCUUUUUUCUUUUUUUUUUUCGUUUUUCUUUUUUUGUUUGGU